AUGAGAGUCAAGAAACCAACUUCCAAGAGAACUACCACUCGAAUGAGAGAGGGUAUUAAGAAGAAAGCUGCAGCAAAGAGAAGAAAGGAUAAAAAAUUAUCAAAGAAAGAUGUCACUUGGAAAUCAAGAAAACAAAAGGAUCCUGGUAUUCCAGCAAGUUUCCCAUACAAGGAUAAAAUCAUAACAGAGUUAGAAGAAGGUAGAAGAUUAGAAAAGGAAAGAAAGGAAGAAAUGAGAUUACAAAGACAACAAGAAAAAGAAGAAGCAUUGGCACGUGGAGAAGAAGUUGUUAGUGAUGAUGCCAUGGAAGAUGAUGAUGAAGAAAACGAUGGAGCUAAUGGUUUAGCAGCUUUGUUAGAAUCUGCUCAACAAGCUGCCAAAGAAUAUGACGGAGAAGAUGGCAAUGGUGAUGACGAUAACAUGGCUGACUCUGAUGAAGAUGUUGAAUAUGAAAUCAGUGAUGUUGAAGAAGACAAUGAUGAAGAAUUUGGUGAAUUAGAAAAAUCUCGUAAAGCGUAUGAUAAGAUUUUCAAGACUGUUGUUGAUGAAGCAGAUGUUAUUUUGUAUGUGUUGGAUGCUAGAGAUCCAGAAUCAACUAGAUCUAGAAAAGUUGAACAAGCUGUAUUACAAAACCCAGGUAAGAGAUUGAUUUUGGUAUUGAACAAAGUUGAUUUAAUCCCAACCAAUGCUUUAAACCAAUGGCUUAAUUUCUUGAAAUCAUCUUUCCCAACUGUUCCUGUCAAAGCAGCACCAGGUGCCACUAAUUCUACAUCAUUCAACAAAAACUUGACUAACUCCAUGACAUCUGAAUCAUUGUUGAAAGCAUUGAAAAGUUUUGCUGCCAAGUCUAACUUAAAGAGAUCCAUUAUUGUCGGUGUUAUUGGAUACCCUAACGUUGGUAAGUCUUCCAUAAUAAAUGCUUUGACAAACAGACACGGAAACAAUUCUAAAGCCUGUCCAGUCGGAAAUCAAGCUGGUGUGACCACAUCUUUGAGAGAAGUCAAGAUUGAUAAUAAAUUAAAAAUCUUGGAUUCACCAGGUAUUGUUUUCCCAGAUGAAGUUGUAAACUCCAAGAAACAAUCUAAAUCUCAACAAUUGGCAAAAUUAGCAUUAUUAUCUGCUAUUCCACCAAAACAAAUUGUCGAUCCAAUUCCAGCUGUUACUAUGUUGUUGAAGAAAUUCUCCAAGGAUAACGAAAUGGCUGAUGGUUUAAAGAACUAUUACCAAUUGCCAGCAUUGCCAUCAAACGAUUUAAACGAAUUUGUCAAGCAUUUCUUGAUUCACAUUGCUAGAACUAAAGGUAGAUUAGGAAGAGGUGGUGUUCCAAAUAUGGAAUCUGCUGCUAUGUCUGUUUUGAAUGACUGGAGAGAUGGUAGAAUUAUCGGUUGGACUUUACCAAAGGCAUCAAAGAGCAGUGCAACUGAUACUGUCGAUGCUUCUGACAUUGAUGCUCCAAAGAGUUCAUUGAGAGGUGACAAAGAACCACCAAAGGUUGAACAAACAACAGUUGUUACCUCCUGGGCUAAAGAAUUUGAUUUGGAUGGUCUCCUAGGCGACAACUUUGGACUUCAAUAG